AUGGAGGGCGACGUGGUGACCCAGUUUCAGGAGGUUACAGGCUCCACUGCAGAGCUUGCAACCCAGUAUUUGGAGAUUGCAGAUUUCGACAUUGAGCAAGCGAUGCAGCUUUACUUUGAGAAUGGAGGGGCAGAAUUACGACCUACACAACAAGCUACCGCACCCGCGACAUCAUCUCGCCCUAGCCGCCAUUCUAACGAUGCCGUUCGUAUAGAUUCGGAGGACGAAGACAUCACCAUAGAUGAAGCCCGUUCGUCGGCCCCAUCACGCCAACCUGCCGACUCCACCUUCGAAGAUGAUGCAGCCAUGGCCCGACGAUUACAAGAAGAGCUGUAUGCUGGUGGUGAUUCUGCAGAUAAUGUACGGGCUCCUAUGGCGAGGACGACAGAAACAUUAGUUGGGCCCGACGCAGAGGGCUACGGAGACUUUGAUCCUCUUCUGAGCCAAUUUCGAAUGCGCCAUGGCGGUAGAAGCAGUCGGCCUGGAAUAUUUAACCAACGUGAUACGUCCAUCUGGGACGAGGAAUCUGAACUUUCACAUCGAACUGCUCUAAGUCGGGCGACUGGAGGUGCUUCAGAGACCUCGUCCAAAUCAGGGUUGCUAGCUGAAAUGUAUCGACCUCCAUUUGAGUUGAUGUCUAGACUCCCUUGGGACGCAGCCCGUGAAGAGGGCCGAGAUAACGAAAAAUGGUUGCUGAUCAACAUCCAAGAUCCGUCAAUAUUUGAUUGUCAGUUACUGAAUCGCGACCUAUGGAAAGACCCGAGUGUGAGGGACUCGGUUAGAGAAAAUUUCAUUUUUUUGCAAUACAACAAGGAUGAUGAACGAGGCAUACCCUACUUGCAGUACUAUUUCCAAGGGAGCGAUGUAUCGGACAACUAUCCACAUAUUGCCAUUGUUGACCCUCGUACGGGAGAACAAGUUAAAGUGUGGUCCGGACCCCCAGUAAUCAAGCCUGCAGAGUUCCUCAUCCAACUUCAUGAAUUCCUCGACCGAUACAGUCUCAAACAAAACGCCCGUAAUCCGGUUGCGAAGCGGAAAGCCGACGUCUCCAAAGAAAAGAAAAUAGAGGCAAUGACAGAGGAAGAGAUGAUGGAAAUGGCUCUCAAGAAUAGUCUUGAAGGAGGUGCAGCGGAGAAGAUUGCAGAUCCAGAUGAGCUGACAAGGAGCAUCAGCGAUCUUAAGGGCAAGGGCAGGGCCGACGACGUUGGUUCGAUGCCAGAAGAAGAAGCGGACGAGCAAGAAGAUGCCGGUGUUUCUGUGUUCCGUUCUAUUCCUUCAGAUCGCAUCCACACAGAGCCGCCGGCCGAUCCGGCCACCACCACUCGCAUACAAUUUCGUCACCCUUCAGGCAGGGUAAUAAGGCGCUUUACGCUGACAGACCCCGUGCAGCGGAUCUAUGAAUGGCUCAAGUCAGAGCCACCGCUGGAAGAGAAGGCGGGGGUUGUCUUUGAGCUUAAUGCAAUGGGUAAAAAUCUCAUCCACGAGCUCGACACUACCAUUCAAGACGCUGGUCUCAAGAAUGGCACAGUUAUGAUAGGGUACUUGGAGGAUUGA